AGAAGAAAUAGAGUUAACAGUGGAAAGAAACAGCAAAGUCAACAGCAUACAAGUCUGCUUUAGUGGCACCCUUUUUCUUUAUUAAUUAUUACUAAAUUCAUUUGUUUUCCUCUCUUUUUUCCCACCCCAAAGACUCGAUCAUAUAACCAUUGUUGGAUUCUUUGUUCUUCCCUUUCUUUAUUUUUUUAAAUUUUCUCUUUUGUUUUCUUUUUUGCAAACUAAUACGAAAUAACGCGAACAGAAACUUCCACCAAACAACAACUACAAACAAAGUUAACCGAUUUUUAGCUCUUAAUUGGAUCUCUAACAGAUUUUGAUUUGGAGGGGAUGGUUUGAAUUUAAUUGAACAGGUUGGAGGCUUUGUACAUAGUUUUUGCUCAUAUGGAUAAGUUAUGCUGCUUUGGUUCUCAGCUUGUGGGAGGACGCUCGUCAUCAAGCUCUGGGAAAGGGAAAAACCAUGAAGGUCUAAUCAAAUAUGGUUUUAGCCUAAUAAAAGGGAAAGCCAAUCAUCCCAUGGAGGAUUAUCAUGUCGCCAGGUUUGUGCAGAUUCAAAGACAUGAAUUGGGGCUUUUCGCUAUUUAUGAUGGCCAUUUGGGAGAUAGUGUCCCUUCAUAUCUACAGAAGAAUUUGUUUCCCAAUAUCCUAAAGGAGGAAGGGUUCUGGGUUGACCCCUCUAGAGCUAUCUCAAAAGCGUAUGAGAGGACAGACCAAGCAAUUCUCUCUCAUAGUCCUGAUUUGGGGCGAGGUGGGUCCACAGCUGUGACUGCAAUUCUGAUAGAUGGUCAAAGAUUAUGGGUAGCUAAUGUUGGUGAUUCGAGAGCAGUACUUUCAAGAGGAGGGCAGGCAAUUCAAAUGUCUACAGACCAUGAACCUAACACAGAACGAGGCAGCAUAGAGGACAAAGGUGGCUUCGUCUCGAACAUGCCAGGAGAUGUUCCUAGAGUUAAUGGGCAGCUGGCAGUUUCUCGUGCUUUCGGAGACAAGAGCCUUAAAUCACAUCUGCGAUCCGAUCCUGACAUACAGAACUGUAGCAUAGAUUACAAUACAGAAGUCUUAAUCCUUGCAAGCGACGGCCUGUGGAAGGUGGUGUCAAAUCAGGAGGCUGUUGAUAUUGCAAGAAGGAUUAAAGACCCAAUGAAAGCAGCUAAGCAGUUAACAGCUGAGGCAUUGAAUAGAGACAGUAAAGAUGACAUAUCUUGUGUUGUUGUUAGAUUUAGGGGAUAAAGCCUUUUGAACACUCUUGUUCUCCAGGCGCCAGGUAUAUAUAUAUAUAUAUAUAUAUAUAUAUUAUGAGAGUUCCUUUACAGGUUGCCAGUUUGUGAAUUAGAUAAACAACAGACAUAUACUUGGUUCGGGGUUAAUGCUAAGGGCCUAUAAAGAAAAGGACAGAAGGGUUCCUCAUCAUUCUUUAAAUCUAUUUUUUCGGUUAGGUUCUGCUGUUUGAUAUUGUUUGAUUUCUUUGUGAAAUUAUGUUCAUUGUUAUAUAUUUUACAUCGUCUUCUAAUCCAGAUAGAAGAUAUGUUUUCUUGUUUCGGUGAA